AUGUUGAAAUUUGGAGCCUUAGUGUCGUGGAGGUUAGGAACCCGUUCAGCUUUGCGAAACUUAUCAGGCCCCGGCGCCACUGUAAUUAAGUCUGAAAAAUCUGAUCAUCUCAAGGAUGUUACUGGCAAAGAUCAUGAAUUUGAAAUGUCAGAUGAGAAAGCUAGAACAGGCCUUGUAGCAGCUGCAUUUGCUACAUUAAACACACCAGAAAGUGAAGUAAAAAAACCAAGUGUAAAGUCUGUUAGGCUUUCUCGGACUCAACAAUUAGACACUCUAAUAAUGAAAGCCACAGACAUAAAUAGCCUUCUGUCAGUGGCUGAAAACCCAAUUGUGUCAAGAAAACAUGCUUUAAAGAUGGUUUCAGUUCUAUCGGAAUGGUCGAGUUCUAACCGGGUGAAAUUAUCAGAUUUUGAGAAAGACCCGAGAUUUCUAAAGUUGUGUCGAAUUCUGGCACGAACUCCAGCCAGUCAUGCGAUGACAUCACUGACCAUGGCGGAAGAUCUGAGUACCGUGUUAGGUAUAACUGGAGACGAUGAAGCGGCCAGACUUAUUGGUAAUUUGUCACUGUCACAAAUGAUUAAGGUGAUGAAAGCCCUUCAGCAAAAAAGUCGUCGAAGUACUCCAUUACUGCGCGCUCUGUCCUACAACAUCACCAAACAGCCGGAUAACAUCGAUCUAAAGAAGUCGGCAGACUUACUGUUCUCUAUGGUAUCCUUAAAUUUCCCUGACCCCGUAUUGUUGGACAGGAUUUGCAGCGAAGUCAUAAAGAAUCUUCCGUCAAACAUAGAAAAGCCGGCGGUGGUGAACUCGAUAUUGGUGUCGCUGGGGCUCCUCAAGUACCGACACGAGGAAGCCCUGUCGGCCCUCGUGGAUUGGAUGCAGACCAACAGAGCCGUGUGUAGACCGAGCGAUAUCGCAUCGGCCGUGGUCACCCUGGCCAACGUCAACUACGUUCCGCCCAACUGUGAGGGCUUUCUGGAGGCCGCGCUCCUGCUCAAGGAAGACGAAAUGACGAAAGCUCUCUCGUGGCUGGACCUCGUCUUCUCUCUGCUCGUCCUGGAGAAGGCCGAGAUGCAUCAUCUCACUUCCACUUUGAAGCCGGAGUUCAUCGACAAACUGUUGUCUCUCGGAGAAAUUUCGAUUCCGUCCCGCCGCAAACUAAUGGCGAUAGACGCGUACGUGGCCGCGAAGCUGCCUCACCCGCCCCGACUCCCCGAAGACAUAUCGGUGGGCGUGUCCCUCGUGCACACGAAGGAGAAGGCGCUCUUCGUGCAGAGCGUCAUGGACACCUUCAAGAGUCUGGUCUCGGCGGACACGUUCCUGCAGAGGGACUGCAACUCCGGAAUGGGCUUUCUGUACGACGCAGAAUUCGCAGUAGACUCGAAAUGUCAUCCAGUUCCCUUACAAAAGGCUGUCAAUAAUAACAACGUUCACCGGAUAGCAGUUCUCGCGCUGGAUUACCACGACAUGACGCGAAGGGUGCCGGUCGAAAUGGGCACCUUCAGGCUUUACACGCGCCUGUUGGAGCUUAGGGGUUUCAAAGUACUUAAAGUCCCGUACACGGAAUACAACCCGAAGGACAAAUUGGUGUCGCGAGUGCAAUACGUUGAGAAACAAUUGAAGGAGCUGAUCGCAUUAUAG